AUGGCGAUCUACGGGCGAGCAACAGAGGACGACGGAGAUCUACGGGCGAGAUUUUCCGACAGACUUUCCAAUGGAUUUCCAACGGAUUUGUUACCGGCAGGCUUUCCGACGGAUUUUUCGGUCCUGGAGUACAUCAGGUUGGUAUCAGAGCUAGCACAGCAACAUGACGGACAAGGGGAAGGAGCCAGCCUCCGAGAAGGGACGAAGUGUGGAAACACUGUGGGCAACCAGGCUAGCAUUGUGCGGCAAUUGGAGACAUUGUCCGCCGAUGUACAACGACUUUCGAUCGAGAUGCGCCGCGAGUUUAAUCUCCGUCGAGAGAGGAAUACACCCCAUCAACCUCGCCAACAUCAGGCACAGGCGGUGGCUCCUGUUGUCCGGCAGGGAAUGGGCCUUGAUCGACAAGGGCGUCGAUUCCAGCAACAACCAUUGGAAGCUUCCGAUUCGGAAGAUGACUUUCGAAGACAUCCUGAAGAGGACUUGAGUGAUUCCGAAGACACGGCAGAUGGAGGCGACUAUUGCCAAGGUCAUCUCAGACGUAGGCGGCGACAGUAUAAUUCGAGAAAUCAAGCUGAGUUCAAGGUCCGUGUAGAUAUACCUUUCUUUGAUGGCCAUGUUCACAUAGAGGACUAUUUGGAUUGGGAGAAGGCCGUUGAGAAUUUUUUUGACUAUAUGGAGAUUGAUCCAUCUAAGCAAGUGAAAUAUGUCGCUUGCCGCUUGAGAAGCGGCGCUAGUGCGUGGUGGACACAGGUACUCCAAACGCGACAACGUGAAGCAAAAGGGCCUGUUCGAACUUGGGCCAGGAUGAAACAGUUGCUCCGUUCUCAGUUCCUCCCAACGGACUACGAACAAAUUCUCUAUAUGCAGUAUCAGCAAUGCGUGCAAGGCAACAGGUCGGUCAGCGAAUACACGGAGGAAUUUCAUCGACUCUGCGCGUGCAACAAUUUGAACGAGUCCACUAAUCAGUUGGUGGCUCGUUACAAUGGAGGAUUGAAAUAUGGAAUUCAAGACAAACUAGAAUUGAACUUUGUUUGGUCUUUACCUCAGGCAAUCAAUUUUGCCUUGAAGGCAGAAAUGCAGAUGAGCCGUUCAUCCCGCACUUCCUACUCUCGCCGUCAAAUGUCGGAAUUGUCACCUGACCAGGGAAAGCAGACCACCAAUCAAGGCAAAACUACUACCAACUCUCCGUCCCAUUGGCAAUCCCAGAAUCCAUCUAAACCUUCGAGCGCUACCCCGGAGAACAAACCCCCAGCUAAAACCAAGGCACCAUCCCCGAGCAAUCCUUAUGCCAAGCCGUCGACGUUGAAGUGCUUCCGUUGCUUCCAGCCGGGGCACAAGUCAAACGAGUGUCCGCAACGGCAACAACUCCAGUUGAUAGAAAAUGAACAGGGGGAGACACUCGAGCAGCUCGAGGAUGAUAAUGCAGACAAUAUCGAGGAUGUUGAGGGAGAUGAGGGUGAUCCGUUGAUAUGUGUCAUUCAGAAGUUAUUAAUUGCUCCUCGUCAGAGCAUUGCUUCCCAAAGAAAUGCCAUCUUCAAGAUGAAGUGUACUAUAAGCGGCAAAGUUUGCGAUCUUUUGAUCGACAGUGGAUGUACCGAAAAUAUCAUAGCCUGCUCCGUAGUACAAGCUCUCCAGUUGAAGACCAUGAGGAAUCCACAGCCAUACAAAAUCAGCUGGGUAAAAAGGGGUGUCGACAUUCAGGUGUCCGACAUGUGCCAGGUAACCUUCUCCAUUGGUCGCCAGUAUAUUUGUGAUGUGUUGUGUGAUGUUUUAGACAUGGACAUGUGCCAUUUAAUUUUGGGUUGUCCGUGGCAAUUCGAUGCCGGAGUUGUAUAUGAUGGGAGGGCUAAUGUAUAUACCUUAGAAUGGAAAGGCAAGCGGCUUCGACUCUUACCAAAGCUCCGCGACGACAAGACACAAACAACUAGUGCUGCCACUUCCUCUGUGAUGCAAAUUGUUUCCGGUCCUAGUUUGCUCCUUGCGUGGGCUAGUGAAGACCCUAUGUGGUCUUUGGUGAUCACUGAUUCGGGAGGAUCCUUGCCAAUUUCAAUUCCGGAGGAGAUUCAUCAGCUGCUCUCAGAGUUCAGAGAAAUUUGUCCUGAAGACCUCCCUGCUACAUUGCCGCCUCUAAGAACCAUUCAGCACCAAAUUGACCUCAUACCGAAUGCUUCUCUUCCAAACCUACCUCAUUACAGGCUUCAUCCCGCGGAGCAAGAAGCUAUGCAGUCCAUUGUCGAGGAUCUAUUACGUAAGCAGCUAAUUCAAACUAGUAUCAGCCCCUGUGGUGUUCCCGCUCUAUUGGUACCGAAGAAGAACAAAGAGUGGCGUCUCUGCAUCGACAGCCGAGCUAUUAAUAAGAUCACGGUAAAAUACCGAUUUCCUGUGCCGAGGAUAGAAGAAUUACUUGAUAAGCUAAGUGCUGCAUCUAUAUUUUCAAAGUUGGAUCUACGAAGCGGGUAUCAUCAGAUCCGCAUUCGUCCCAGCGACGAAUGGAAGACAGCUUUUAAGACGCCAUUUGGUCUUUUUGAAUGGCGAAUCAUGCCUUUCAGCUUGUGUAACGCACCCUCUACAUUUAUACGGAUGAUACAGGACAUUCUCAAGCCUGUACAAUUUCUCGGGUUUUUGGUCUCCGAGCAGGGACUGUCAAUGCACCCAGAUAAGAUCUCAGCAAUUCAGCAAAGUUUUGACUCCAUCAAGCAGGCCCUCACAUCCGCCCCAGUACUAGCCAUACCUUGUUUCGGUAAACUCUUUGUAGUGGAAACGGACGCGUCGGCCACCGGCAUUGGUGCAGUGUUAUCUCAGGAAGGGCGUCUGAUUGCUUACUUCAGCGAAAAACUUUGCCCGUCUCGCCAACGUUGGUCGGCGUACGAACAGGAACUAUAUGCAGUUAUUCGUGCAUUGAAGCAAUGA